UAUUGCUUUCCCUCCAAAAAAGAAGCUAGUGAAGCCUGAAAAUUGGCACACCCAAAUUAAAAAAUAUAUGUAGUAAUUAUCUUUUGAGUGCGAAUUAAUUAAAAGAUGGCAUCGACCUCAGCUCCUCAUCGGAGCAACGCCGGCGGCUAUAGCAGAAUGAAGUCGGCAGCAUCCAAGCUUUACAACGACAAUCAAUCUCUUAUAGCUGAAAUGAGGAGGGCUUUCAAUAUGAUGAAAGAAAUUGCGGUUGAUUUGGAGAAAGAUAAGAAGUCAGAUUUGGUUAAAGAGCUUGAAAGUGGAGUAGCAGAACUGUUAGAAGCUUCUGAUGACUGCAUGCAUCUUUCAACUGCUAUUCUGUCUGUUGGAAAUGAGUACCAACCCAGGCAGGAGCAGCUAACGGAUUUUAAGAAGUUACUGGAUGAUGAGAUUACAAAAUCAAAGUCAACUUCAUCAUCAACUUCACAAAACCAUCAGUUUUUACGACAAUUUAGGGAAGCUGUCUGGAAUGUUCAUCAUUCAGGCAUCCCAAUGCCAGGUGAGGAGCAGGAGGACAUUGUGAUGACCAGUACCGAAAGCAAUAUUCUCAAUAAAACUUGCCCAGUGACUGGGAAGCCAGUCACUGAACUAGCAGACCCAGUGCGAAGCAUGGACUGCAAGCAUGUUUAUGACAAGAACGCUAUCAUGUAUCACAUGAGAUCCAUGAAAUCCAAGUGUCCUUGUCCUGUAGCAGGUUGCCCUAAAGAGUUGCAGGUGCAUAGAUUGAUAUGUGACCCUCUGCUGUUAGUAGAAAUUGAAGAAAUGCGCACGAUGAGCAAAGGAACUGCUCAACCUGGGGUUAUAGAAGAUUUUACUGGGUGACGAAACUGACCUAUCAAGGUUUGGUAAUGGUAGCAAGAUUUAUUAAUUUCAGAUAUUUCUUCCAAACUCCCUGAAAUUUCCCGAUCAAAUUUUGAAACUGUAACGUAGAAUGUUCCUCUGUCACUUUGACAGUGAUGGAGGUGUUAAAAACUUAAAGGGCCUUAUUUUUCUUGUUUGGUGCUUUUAAAUCUGACUAGCAGUUUCAGGAUGGGUUACUGAAAGUGUCUUUGGUUGUAUUGCCAACUUCAUGCACUUCAGUUUGAAAAGAGAGUCUGUCCAUCACGGGCACGUUCAAGAUCGAGCAAUCGGGGUCCGUUGGCUGUUUAGUAAGGAAAUGCCACGAAUACAUUUUCAGCCCUACACUCGAAUAA